AUGACUACGAGAGCUUCACAGAUCGACAUGGAUCAGAUAAUGUGGGACGUGGAUGACCCUCAGCGGAGGCGUCAGCCUUUGACAGAUGCAUCAAGCCGCAUCAACUAUGCUCGAUCACCCAAGGUUGAGACACCGCGUGUGCAUGUUGAAGAAAUCGACCAGCUCAAGACACCAGACCGAAUGUCCAUGGUUAUGAUGACCCCAACCCCUCGUGAAAAGGAGAACCAACGCUUGUCCGUGGUCACAGAUUGGCAAACGGAGUCUGCCCGCAACUCAGUAAUUUCGACAACCUCACUCCUCUCCAACAAAGGAAAACGAAAGACUCAUGUGGGGCCAUGGCGGCUUGGAAAAACACUGGGGAAGGGUGCAACGGGUCGUGUGAGACUGGCCAAGCAUGCAGUCACAGGACAGACUGCAGCUAUCAAGAUCGUCUCAAAGAAAUCGGCUGCGAUGGUACAGAGCGAAAGUAUUGCGGCUAUGGAUCGGAAUAUGGGAAACUUCUCAGGACUUUCGAAUGCUCGACAAAUGCCAUGUGGGAUUGAACGUGAAGUUGUGAUUAUGAAAUUAAUCGAACAUUCAAAUGUUAUCAGUCUUUAUGACGUCUGGGAGAAUCGUGGAGAGCUGUACCUUGUCCUUGAAUACGUCGAAGGUGGUGAACUUUUUGAUUAUGUCUCCCAGAACGGUCCACUCCCCGAAGAAGAAGCCGUUCGAUUGUUUCGUCAGAUCAUCGCCGGACUGGGAUACUGCCAUCGAUUCAAUAUCUGUCACCGCGACUUAAAACCAGAAAAUAUUUUGCUGGAUGCAAAUCACAAUGUGAAACUUGCAGAUUUUGGAAUGGCUGCUUUGCAACCGGCAGGUCAUUGGCUGAACACUUCAUGUGGAAGUCCACACUAUGCCGCGCCCGAGAUCAUCUACGGUCGCAGAUACAGGGGAGACAGGGCUGAUAUGUGGAGCUGCGGAAUUAUUCUUUUUGCUCUGCUCACUGGUUAUCUGCCAUUUGAUGGUGGUGAUUUGGGAAAUACUUUACGCCUUGUGAAGAAGGGUGACUACAAGAUCCCAUCAGAGCUAAGCGACGAGGCAGCCAACCUUAUCACCAGGAUCUUGCAGAAGCGCCCUGAAGAUCGUAUCCCAAUGGCGGAGAUUUGGACACAUCCUUUGUUGACCAAAUAUGAAAAACUCCACAAUGCGAUGGCUGACUACUACAUUGGACCUCCUCCCCUUUGUCAAUCAAAGACUGUGACCCUAUGGCAUGGUGUGCAGCCUGAUGCUCUCAUGAACAGAGUGAUGUCACUUGAGCCCACUCACGAGAGAAUGUUCUACAAUGCUCUUGUUAAGUUCAGAGAUGAACAGCUUGAGAACUACCAGGGACAGCCAUUGGAAUACUCUGCAAGUGAUUACCACCACAUCUCAAAGACUGGCGGCAAGGCUCGCAGAGGCCGAAGUCCAAACAUGGGCAACAACUCGAGCAGACGUUCUCUUAUCAAGGACUUACAUCGUCGAAUUGCCAAUGUCCAAGAGCCCAUGUCUUCUGCCAGUGUGGAAAGCUACGACCCAUUCAAGUCUCCAAAGCAAAAAGGAAUGGCUGCCGAGGCCAAGUAUGCACAAAUUACCAUCCACAGGGCAGUCCCAGAGAUCCCUGAGCAGGGCGAGAUCACUCCCGUGAUCAACCCUCCUCCAUCCAUUGUGGAAGAGGCAGAGCCUGAAGAUGAAAAUGAAAAUGAUUUGGAAAACUCGCCAUUUAGCGUUCUUCAAAAGAGAAAGCAUAAGCCCAACUCGAUGAAGUCAUUCCAGUCAUCCAAGGUACCCCACUCUAGCUCUCGUGCUCCAGGAUUAUCUACUCGCUCUAUGAGCUAUCAUCGAAAUGUUUCCUUCCAACACACUCGCAAUCGGUCCCAAGGAUCCACCAAGCCGAAGCGUCGAAAGACUGCAGCUAAUCAGCAAUCCGAAUUGAAGCGAUCUCCCAGCACUGCCAGCUUGCAGACGAUCGCGCAAGGUAUUUCCAUUCCGGAUAUGCCCAGCAGUCCCCCUCUCCCAGCUCAACCAAUGGUGGUUCGACCUGGCGCCAACAAGGCGCAAAGAAUAGACCCAGUGUGCCGAGGCCGCAGCAUGGAUCUGUUCUGGAAUGAAGAUACCCGGAAGGUCUCCAACGAGCUAAGCCAGAUAUGUGAAGAGGCAUUCAAUGGAAGCUCUGUUACGAUGCGCACUGCCAGUACCUGUACUGAAGUGGGGUAUGAGACUCCUGCGACGCCUGUCUCCAUUGCCAGCCCAGAAGCGACCGAAAAACCACAGAGCUCUUCGGUGCAAUACAAGACCUUCCCUACUCGGGAGUCCAGUCGCUCUUAUGGUUUCCAGGAACUAACACAGACCCGACGCAAGCUCGUAGAGCAUAGCAUGGGUCGAAAUGAUAAUAUCUCAGCCCAUCUUUCUGGCGUGAUUGGCCACCUAGACCGACUCAUUGAAGAGGACCAAGCAACGCAUGCUACGCACGGAUUGGGUGAACAAAAACCGCAAUUCGUGGAUCCUUUCAUCACAACACCUCGAGAUUCUUCAUUGCCUGUCAUUAGUGAAGAGUGCGCUAGCCCUGUUCGUGGGAAUGAGGAAGUCAGUCCCAAGCGCAAGCCGAAGCUUCGUCACACAACUCGCCAAAGCGAUAAUAAAGCAACUAUUCGGAUGGUACCUCACAGCUCUCUCCGCUCCAUGGAAGAGGUUAAGCCACUGAUGAUUCGAAAGAAGAACCAAAUUGGAGAACUUGACUCCCACAAGACGAUGGAUCCCAUUCGAGCAUUCUCAGCUAGUUCCCGUCAGAGUCGAAUGGAAAGUAGUCUCGAUCCCAUUGAUGAAGUUCCAGGAUCCCCAAAGAAGGCAGGUGAUACCAAGAAAUGGUCCUGGUUCAAGCAUCGGUCUCAGAUCUCGGAUCCAACUCCCGCCGUUCCACCCAAGGACAACCCACAACCCAUUAUCCCCAGCAAUGGCACAGUAAUCGUACACCCUCCACAGGAUCUAUCAUCACCAACCAAAACCGACCAAGAGAGAGAACCAGUGCCGACCCGAAAGUCCUCUAUGGAGCGAUUCGGUGGUGCUCUCAAGAAGCUUAUGCCCAGGAAGCCAAGCAAGACAGUUCCUCCCCCUGGAGCUGGACAAUUCGAACCCAAGGAUAUCCGCAACUCCGAGCUCCUUUGCAAGGGCUCUCCCGAUUCUGAUAGUUCUUUCGAAGCCCAUGAUCCACAGAAUCCCUUUAACCAGAGACGCCGUUCGCUCGCCAGUCAGAACUGGUUUGCUCGCGUCUUCCAGAUCAAGCCAGUAUCUCGAGUGAUUGCAUUAAACACCAGCAAAAUCAAGGGCCGCAAAGAGCUCUACAGACUUCUUCGCGAGUGGGAAGAUUAUGGAAUGGAGGGCGUGCGCAUGGACAAGGCUAACAGUAUUGUCUAUGGUCGUGUUGCAGAGUCUAACUUCCUUCGACUCCGUGAAGUUGCUUUCACUGCUGAAUUCUACACUGUUCUCGAGCACGGACGUCAAGCGAACUUGAGUCUUGUACGAUUCAAGCAAGUUCGCGGCGCCGCUUCUUCUUUCAACAAGGUCGUCGAUACCGUGAACAUGAUGAUGACGGCCCGUGGUUUCGUCGUCGAAGAUCCCGCUCGAGCGAAGAAGAUGACUCGAGUACUUGAAACAAUCCCUAAUGCCUAA